GCCGUGAGAACGAAGUGGUCAUCAUCUCUCUAUGCAGAAGUAACGCUGAAGGUGUUGUCGGAUUUCUGAGCGAGAGACGUCGAUUGAAUGUUGCCAUGACACGUGCUAAGCGACAUUUGACAGUGAUAGGAGAUUCGGAUACGUUGUCCAAAGGCGGCGAUUUUCUUAAAAAUUGGAUGAACUGGCUCGAAGAUCACGCGGAAGUGAGGGUAGCAGCCAUGUAG